AAUCGCGGUCGGGAAGUGGGAAACGGCACGCACUUGGCAUCUGCUGUUAAGACGGACCACGUAUAAAUCCUGAGGUAUUGGAAUGGAAAAACCAACGCGGGCGCCUUAAAUUUGCGUUGGAAACUCGAAGAGCCUCAUCCUUGUCCGCCAGCCGAAAGUGCCACUGCCCUCAUGGAAGACAAGAGGAAGAAAAGGAGUCCCAAAGUGUCCCUUCCCCAGCCCCCUCCUCCACCAAUCAACCCUCGAAAGCUCGCCGUUCUCCCGGCGAGUAAAAGCGCCACAUUCUCGUUGGGUUUACCCCAGCCACCCUCCCCCAAACCCAGGGGCAAGUACAAGAGAUCGGUGGGGGCAAUGGGUCCGUCUAAAGAAGCUCUUGCCGUUCCUGUGGUUCCCCCCAAAAACACAAGGCCUCACAGAGAGAAACCCAGAGCUCCUCAGCCUGCUGGACCCAGUCGUGUAUCUCAGUCCUCAUCACCACUCCAGCACUCAUUCCUCACUGACGUCUCUGAUGUGAGAGAGAUGGAGGGAGGACUGCUUAACCUGCUCAAUGACUUUCACUCUGGAAAACUACAGGCUUUCGGUAAAGUGUGCUCCUUUGAGCAACUGGAGCAUGUGAGGGAGAUGCAGGAGCGUCUGGCCCGGCUGCAUUUUAGUCUGGACAGUCAUGUGGAGGAACUGUCUGAAGACCAAAAAAACGCUUCAGACCGCAAUCUAGAACACUUGCUUUCUAAUCUGGAAGAAUUGAGCAGCUCAAUACAGAAACUCCACCUGGCAGAAAAUCAAGACUUACCCAAGACCUCCAGCACCUGAAGCGGGAAACCAAACCCAGCUGACCAUCAAAUCACUGUGCCGACCAAAGCCCAAGUUGCCAUGGCUACAACUCAACUGCAAGUUAAUGAAGCACCAUCAUCAUGAUCUGUGUCUAAUGCAAUGCUAACUGACAGCAACAGCAUCAAAGCACAUUCUCCAUGUGAAGCAAAAUGGCAUUUUUUGUUUUUCAGAUGUUUUAAUCUUUGCAUUUAAAUUUGAAUAAUUCCAAUGAUUUUGAGCCUGAAAGCUAAAUUGCACCCCUUUUUUGUGAUUUAUUUGGAUAAAUAAUAUUUGUUCUUACCUUAGGGAUUGCAUGAGUUGAUUUCAAAGGUUCAUUCAUCAUUAGUAAAGGCUGACUCCGUUUGAUCUAGAAUUUUUAGAUCAGCAAUGUCAGAAGUGAUUGAAAAGGUGAUCAUUUACAUUAUCAGUCAAUCAGCACAUACACAAUUGAUUUUCAUUUUGUAGUUCAUCAGUGUUCUCUGGAAUGAUGUUGUAAAUGGCUGUGGAGUAGCUAUAAACUCACUCAGGACUGUUUGAGAUCACUCUUAGUGCCUCUUCUCAGUAUCUAGAUUACAUUGAUAGUUUGUUUUACCGUAAGGUUUUCACAGGACUCUGCAAAUGAUGGAACUGGAUCUUUUUGUAGAUGUUUGUACAUUAAAAUAGACAUAGAUUUAUUUAAAAUAAUAUGUUAUAUACUUUGUUUGUAAACUAGAGUUUUAAAUAGCUAGCUAAUGUUGAUCUAGAAACAGUUAUGAUAGAAGUUCUUUGUAAUUCUUGAUGGCACUGAUGGAAAUGUACAGUAUUUGUGCGUUAUCUUUGUAUAAACUAAAGUGUAAACAUAUUGAAGCCAGGCAUUCAAAUUUCAGGUUCUAAAAAGUUGACAUCCAGUACUAUUUGGGUAAUUGUAGAAUUACAUCUGUUGAUUCUAGAAUUUCUCUAUUUCUUGGAGCACAAGAUUGUAGUUGAACUUUGUAGAUUUGUAGUCUCUACCCAAAAGCACAAAAGAGCAGAGUACAGUAACAUUAAAUAAAGGUCAGGAGGUUCAGACAAGCUACAGUGGAUGUAGAACAAAACUACUGCAAAAAAACUGUGACAUACUCCAUCAUUUAUAAUACAACCUCACUAACAUCCCUAUGAAAGCCAGUCUUCCCAUUUUACACCAGUUUCAAUGAUAAAACAUCAGCACAACAUAUGGACAGGUUUAGGGAAAAGCAAAUGAUCUACACCAGUUUGAUUUUUAUACUUCAUGAUGCAGUAAUAUCACUUUAAAGCCGACCUCCGCUACGCCUACCUCCAACUAUUUCAAGAGAGAAUCAGUACUGUUGCCUUGAGGGAAGGACUGUUUUAGAUUAAUAUCAGAUUGAUUCAUGGCAGGAUCUAAUUCUGCCUCUGCAUGUACAGGCUGUUUUCUCUUCCCUCACUGCCUGAGUCUGAAGCAUUGAAAGAAUCAUUUAAAAAAUGACAUUUGUAUUCUUUCUCUGAAUUCAAAUAUUUCAUAAAAGAAAAUAUUUGUGUGCUUUGCUUUUCGUCCAUGUCUUGUUUUGUUUAACAAUGCAUAUGAACUAUUUUAUAUUUGUGUGCUUUAAGUAAUAAAACUUAAUGCAACAAUUCA